AUGCAACUUUUAGAAGCUAAUACGAGUUCAGUAUACUUUGAAUUGGUGCCGAUACAAAUCGCUCAACUAAACGCAACUAAAUCAACUGAAACUUCACCUGGCACACAAGAAGACCUGAUCUACCAGAAAGACGUAUCUUUUUCAGCAGAACUAGAAAUAGCCCCGUCCAAUAGAAUUAAUAAGAAUAUAGUAAGCGACAAACAUAUCGACGAAUCAAUCCAAAGACUAACUACACUGCCAACUCUUAUGAAAAAUGAUACUAAAAAGAAUUCAAACUACACGUACACAGGAGAGAGAUCGAAAGAGAUUGAUGGGCUUAAAAGUUUGAUUGAAGAUGGUGUAAGCAAGGUUGAUCUUAACAUAAUAACCGACGACAACGUAAGAGGGGCUAUUUUAGAAGCGAGUGCAUCAAAAGUUACGACUCUUGGUCCUAGUUUAGAGCAAAAGGUGCCAGGAGCGACAUUGUCGCCGCCGUGGACAGCCGCACUGGACAACUGUAACUGCGACUCUUGCAACGGCGCGCGUUGCUCGUGUCCAUUAACGAGCAAAUGCAAAUCAGGUCAGUUACCAAUAUUCAAAUGCUUGGCUAAGGUUUUACAGGAAAUGGAAACCUAA